AUGAACACCACGCGAAGUCGUUACAGGCAUCAGGACUUUCCGAUGUCAUUACGCCAGCUUCCCUUCGCGCUACGAACUGCAAGACGGGCGCAACUAGAAACAACAAGGUGGCUUCAAAAUGGACGCCUCCUUGUGCGGAGCUGCUCUUGCUCUGCGCCUCACCAGUUACAGCACACGGUGACGGUCUCAUCUGAAGCACCCACCAGUGCACAAUUGAACCCUACAAGUGGCACCCCGCCUACGCCUCCUCUUGACCACAGGACUCUCGCGCAGACACACAACCUCUUCAUUACAUCUCCCUAUAGCCCCGGCUCGCCGCUCAUCCUUCCCAACGGCGCCUAUGUCUUCCAGAAGUUGCAGUCGUUCCUUCGUGCGCAAUAUCCACAAUUUGGCUUCCAGGAGGUCAUCACGCCCAUAAUAUACAAGAAGUCGCUAUGGGAGAAAUCAGGGCAUUGGGAGAAUUAUGCAGAGGAUAUGUUUAGUGUACAGGGCCGGGGGACAACUGCGCAGAUACCGGAAGCAGAAGGUGGAGAGGAUGGAGAGUUUGGUCUGAAGCCAAUGAACUGCCCAGGCCACUGCUUGCUGUUCAGGGACGAGAUCAAGAGUUAUAGGGAUUUGCCAGUCAGACUUGCCGACUUCAGUGCUCUGCAUCGGAACGAGAUCUCAGGCGCCUUAACAGGCCUGACCAGGGUCCGACGAUUCCACCAGGACGAUGCGCACAUCUUCUGCCGUCCAGACCAGAUUUUGGCCGAGAUUGAGCAGACACUCAAGUUCGUGGGCAUGGUCUACGAUACAUUUGGGCUGGGGCCCUAUAAGCUGCUUCUCUCCACUCGGCCCAAGGAUAGCUUCAUCGGUACCAUCGAGGAAUGGGACCGUGCAGAGGAGCAGCUGACUACCGCAUUAAACAACAUCGGAAGCGAAUGGGCGAUCAACGAGGGGGAUGGCGCGUUCUAUGGGCCGAAGAUCGACAUUAUCUUAAAAGACUCGAAUGGCAAGGAGCAUCAGACGGCAACCAUACAGCUCGACUUUCAGCUGCCGCAGCGCUUCGAUCUACAAUACCAGGCAUCACCAGAAGAAUUAGAGGCAGGACCACAGUCGUCUAUGGAUGCAGGUCUAGAUCCGGCACUUCGUCGCCCAGUCAUCGUACAUCGCGCCAUCUACGGUUCCAUCGAGCGUUUCAUGGCUCUACUGAUUGAACACUAUGCCGGCAAAUAUCCGUUCUGGCUUUCUCCCCGGCCAGCCAUCGUCUUGUCGCUGAACUCAGACCCUAAAAUUCUUGAACACGUUUCGCGCAUUCAGUCUGUUCUUUCAGGUCUCAGACCAUCCGGCGCACCAGAAACGUCCGCAUCGUCACCUAAGCCCCUACCGUUGUCGACUAUACAUCUCCCUAUCGAUGUUGAUACCAGCGACCGCUCGCUCGGCAAGAAGAUCGCCGAAGCAAGAACAAAGAAGUACAAUCACAUCAUCGUCGUUGGUGGUAGGGAGGUUGAGAGCGGGAGCAUGAAUCUCCAGAUUGUGAACCAGCCGAAUGAAGAAUCAACCGUAGAGGCGUUGCAAGUCUCCCUAGGAAAGAAGCUCACUGAGAAAGAGCGAUCCAAGGCCACUGUGAACGUCGAUCUGGACGGCGCUAGAAGAUAUUUCGAGAACCUAGCCAACUCAUUCUUGUAA